CAUUAGUUCUGUCGAUUAUGAAUGAGGUCUCUCAUUUUUUUUGGCAAUUUCGCUACCUUUCACAACGUUAUAAUUAAGAGGUCUAAGGGGAGAUCCUUCCAGUGAUCAAUCAUCUCUUUGUAUACACUGAAAAUUAACAUGAGUAUGAGUAUUAGUAUAAGGCCUAUUUACCGUUCAUUUAGAAGAGUAUAUAAUUCAAUUAGUAGGUGACUUACUUUAAAAAUGAAAAACUCUUAAUAUUUACUUGCAGCACAAACAGUAGACUACAAUAGGAGAUAUUCAACUAUUGUAGAUUUGGAAGUAAAUCGUAUAGUAUGGAUGGAUAUGGAGCUUUUUCAUCUUUUAGAUGACUGGCCUGGAUGUUGACAAUGAUCAAAUAAUGGAAGUUGCUUGUUUAGUCACCGACUCAGAUUUGAGAGUAAUAGCUGAAGGGCCCGAUAUUGCAAUCCAACACUCCAAAGAUGUUUUGAGUAAAAUGAAUGACUGGUGUCAAAAGCAACAUGAGAAAACAGGAUUGGUGAAUUUAUGUUUGAAUUCCAAAAUUAAAUUAGAAGAAGCGGAACAGAUGGUGCUGGAAUUCUUACAAGAGCAUGUUACCUACAAAAUGAGCCCAUUGGCAGGGAACAGUGUUUACAUGGACCGAAUGUUUCUCAUUAAGCAUAUGCCUAAGGUUCAUGAUUAUCUUCAUUAUAGAAUAAUCGAUGUUUCUACACUUAAAGAGAUAUGUAGGCGCUGGAACCCUGAGCUGUUUAAACAAGUACCAAAUAAAAUCUAUGGACACCGUGCUUUGCAAGACAUUAGGGAGAGUGUGGAAGAGUUGUUGUUUUAUAAAAAACAUUUUCUAAAAGCAAGCGCAGAAAGAUAAAGGUUUUAAGUAUAAUUUUUUUCAUUAAAACUAAUCAAAACUUAAUAAAUCAACAUUUCAUCAA